GAGGCACACAAAGGGCAUUAUCAGUCCUUAAGAAUAGACUUUUAUAUUAGAAUGUGCCACAGCAAGGCUUCCAGACGCAGUUGAUAACCGAUAGUUAACAUGGCUGAGAGUGGUGAGCUGGACGAGACGGUGGUGUGGAGCCGGGACUGUCUGAGGAGGCACCGGGUCAGGAUCCUGGACAACAUGAACGACGUGACCGUGCGGCAGGUUCUGGACCGACUCGCGGAUAGGAUGUCUGACGAGGAGCGGGAGAGAAUCCUCUGUGAUGGCCAAGUUGGCGUCACAACGAACGACAGGAUACGGAACCUGUUGGACACCCUCCCCACCAAAGGGCAGCGAACCAUAGACGCCUUCAGACGCGCGCUAUGGGACUGCGAGUGUCGAUUCCUCGUCACAGAGAUAGACCAGAUAGAGAAACAGAGAGAAAGUUAGAAACCACGGAACCUCGAUAGUGAUAAUGGAACACUUAAAGGAGUCCUGUACUCCACAAGGUGGUGAUAGAUAUUCAUUUUAGGAAGUAAAAUC